GCCGCCACGAUCAGUUUAACGCCGCCCGCUGCUUCAUUACCACCACGCCGUGUGGGUGCGACGCCACCGUCCUUCCAGCGAUGUCGACGCUGCUACACUGGCUCCUGCUACUGCUCCUGCCGGCCGCGCUGCUUGCUCAGGAGCCGACGUUCCAGUGCCAGGAGAUCAGCAUCCCGAUGUGUCGCAGCAUCGGCUACAACAUGACGCUGAUGCCGAAUCAGUUCCACCACGACACGCAGGAGGAGGCGGGGCUCGAGGUGCACCAGUACUGGCCGCUGGUCGAGGUGCGGUGCUCGGCUGACCUGCAGUUCUUCCUGUGCGCCACGUACGUGCCCAUCUGCCUGCAGCAGUACCAGCGCUCGCUGCCCGUGUGUCGCUCGGUGUGCGAGCGGGCGCGCGCCGGCUGCGAGCCGCUCAUGGCCGACUACCACUUCACCUGGCCCGAGCGGCUCAACUGCUCCCUACUGCCCAACUACGGCGACCCGGAGCGACUCUGCAUGGACAACAAGAACGGCGAGGCGCCGCCGCCGCCGCCGCCGCUGCCGCCGCCGCCGCGCCCGCCGCGGCCCUGCGCGUGCGAGUGCGCCGCGCCGCGCGCCGUGCCGCUGCGGCCCGGCCACCGGCUUUUCAACCGGUCUGUGGUGCUGGGCGGCGUGGCCGAGUGCGCGCUGCCCUGCCGCGCCCCCUACUUCAGCGCCGCGCAGCACAGCUUCGCCGAGCGCUGGGUGCUGAGCUGGGCGGUGCUGUGCGCCGUCAGCAGCUCGCUGACGGUGGCCACGUUCCUGAUCGACCAGAGCCGCUUCCAGUACCCGGAGCGGCCCAUCGUGUUUCUGGCCGGCUGCUACCUGCUGGUGUCAGCCGGCUACCUGGUGCGACUUGGUGCCGGUCACGAGCUCACCGCCUGCGACGGUGGCGCCAUCCGGUACGACGCGACCGGAGUGCCGGCCGGCGCCGCCCUCUGCACCGUCGUCUUCCUGCUUGUUUACUUUUUCGGCAUGGCCAGCGCCGUCUGGUGGGUGAUCCUCUCGCUCACCUGGUUCCUGGCGGCCGGCCUCAAGUGGGGCAACGAGGUGAUCGCCGGCUACUCGCCCUACUUCCACCUGGCGGCCUGGGUCAUCCCGGCGGGGAAGGCGAUCGUUGCGCUAGCGCUGGAGGCGGUGGACGGUGACGCUCUGACCGGGGUCUGCUACGUGGGCGGCCAGAGCCUGGGCAACCUCCGCGGGCUCGUGCUGGCGCCGCUGGUGGCCUACCUGCUGCUCGGCACCUCCUUCUUGCUGGCCGGCUUCGUCGCGCUCUUCCGCAUCCGCAGCGCCAUCAAGCAGGACCGCGGCAACAAGGACAAGCUGGAGAAGCUAAUGUUCCGCAUCGGCGUGUUCUCGGUCCUGUACACGGUGCCGGCGUCGGUUGUCGUCGCUUGCCUCGUGUACGAGCAGCAUCUGCGGCCCGCCUGGGAGAGGGCGCUCGUCUGUCCGUGCGGCGGCGGCAGCGGCGGCGUGCCCAACUUUAACAUCUUCCUGCUGCGAUACUUCAUGUCCCUGGCCGUCGGCGUGACGUCCAUCAUCUGGGUCUGCUCGCGCAAGACGCUGCGCGCGUGGUGCGCGGUGCUCGGCUGCCGCCGGGCGGGCCCGCCGCGGCGGGCCGAGGAGCGGCAGCCGGCGCCGGCGCCGCUGCCGCCGCCGCCGCCGGGCCUCGCCGGCGCCGAGUCGGCAGCGGCGCCGAGCAUCGCCGGCCAGGAGCCGCUGCUGCCGCACAACGCGGCGUUCUCGCACACGACGUCGCACACGCUGAGCGACGCCAACCCGGCGCCGUCGCACAACUCGCUGCCACUGAGUCACGUGUGAGGCUGACGCCGCUGACGACUGCGGCGCGGCGGCGUCCGUCACCAGCUGGCGUUCUGCCGCGCGCCGAGCGCCGCCACCGAGGACAGGCAGAGGCUCAGAGCAUGGGAGACCAUGACCACAAGGCGGCGGAACGACAGUGAAGAUCGUGUUUUGCGAUCAGUGAUCGGCGGAUGUGUACUCGCCUCAAAAGCAGGACGUGUUCCCGCUGCGCGCGGAUGUGUGUGGGACUGACUGGAAAGGCGGAGAGCCACCCCAGCCAGGACCGGACUAAUGAUCUAAAGGCGUAUUUGAAUGGUUCUACAGCACACAUUGGAGCUGCGCUUCCAGGAAGCAUGCGGGUUUCCACUGACAUUGAUGUUUCGAUAUCAAUGUGACGCUAUUUAUCAGCGUUUUUCCAAAUGUUUCUUUGGGCUUUGCCUCCCUCCCCCAUGUUCGCCAUAACGCAGUGGCACCGGACGGAUGUAAAACCCUCCAAAACGAUAAAACGCCGAAUUACCCCCGAAACGCCGCGUUGUUCAACGUUGCCAGACAUAUCAGCUCGCUUGAGUGCAGCGGCACUCGCGCCCUCGUGGACCCCGUCCGCCGGCGGUGCUCGGUUCCCGGGAGUCCCGCUGGCCGUAGUCAGCGGGAUUCUGGCGCACGAGACGCGUCGGUGGCGCCAGCUAUGCCGCGGUGUACCAUCGCCCCGCGUCGCCCGCUUCCGUGUCGCUGCCACGUGUGUGUAGUGUGCGUCGUCACCGCUAGAGACGUUCGCGCCCGACGGGAUGUCGGCUCGAGGCCGAGCGAUGCAGUGCUGACUGCCACAUAUCUGUCUCCGAGGCCUGGUGCGAGGCCCCGCUGGGUCUGGGCGAGGCGCCGCAGGGCCUGGUGUGAAGCCCCUCAGGGCCUGGUGUGAGACGCUGCAGGGUAUGGUGUGAGGCGCUGCAGGGUCUGGUGUGCGGCCCCGCAGGGUCUGGUGCGGGGCCCGACAAUACACCGGAGGUCUGGACUUCCGA